AUGGUAUCUUCCAGUUUUAACGUUGGUUUGAGGAAAUGGCUCGUUCUUCUAUCCUUGCUUGUACUUGUUCAACCAUAUUUGACACGUGAAAGGCAGUUUUAUAAAAUAGAAGGAAAAUCCUUGCUUGGCAAUGUUACAGCAGUCACGAAAGUCAAAGAUUUUUUCCGUUGUUGCUUUCUGUGCAUGGAGUAUGGUCCUGUGGCAUGCCUGUCCUUCAACCUGGAAAGAAGCAAUAAUAGCGGCAUUCAUACCUGUGAGCUAAGCAGCUCAGAAAAAUAUUUGGAGCCUCAAAAAAUGCAGAGAAGACUUGAUUACGAUUACUACGGGACCGAGUUUCAGGUAUGGUGACCGAAACCAACCCAUUUAGGGCGCCUAGCUCUUAGCGUGGGCAAUUUUAUUAUUCCUAUUCAAUGGAAAAUUUAUCUUUUCAAUGGAAAACUUGUCUGUUUUGACAACGCUCCGUGUAUUUCUUCAAUACUUUUGAAAGAGGAGGAUUUGCUGCCACAUUUUCUCACUCUUUAGGGGGAAGAAUGGAUUCAGUUUUUUGACUUCUCCCUGUUGAUCCAAACCUCGAAUGAUUGAGAGAUUUAAAGGAGUUAGAGGCUACAACACGUAAAGUAAUUAGAGUUUCCUAAGCAAUCAGCUGCUCUUCGGGGCAUCCGAUUAUUAUUUUUUUCUUCUAGUUUUGCACAACGAAUUUGUGACAGGAACGAAACAAAGACAAUUAUGGAACUACAUUCAGAUAGGUCCAAAAUGUUCCCCACAUCAAAAACCUUUGUUUCAAUAUGUUCUGAAGGUAAUCAUGAAUACGCAUUUACGCAAUUAACAACUAAGUGGAAUAUAUGAUAUAUGAAAGAACUAUCCUGGCAAGGAGGAGAUUGUAAAGGCAAAAGUGACAUCAGCUGAGGCCCUGACAUUGUUGCGGUGGGUCCCGUUGCACGCGAGGCGGAUCGGUCACCGAUGUUGUCUUGUGCAAGAUGCACUGAAGGGAAAGUUCCCCAACAUUUUGAUGUGUUCAGGUCUACAAUGAGCCAGCAACACGGUUAUAAUACUCGAAAUAUGGUUACAUGCCUAUAGUCAGCAGGCCAAGAACAGAAUAAGCAGAAACAAAACAUAAUAUAAAGCAAUUAACGUUUGGGCCUUAUUGCCGAGAGCUCAAGAGACUCAUGUCAAGUGGAAACAGUUUUUAUUGAACAAUUUUGAAUCGUAGUUGGUAUUUUUUAGUUUUCAACGAUUUUUAAACACGAACUGAAAAGUUUUUAUAAAAAAAAUAUUGACCCUGGUUAGUAUCUUUAACUUUAACUUGUAUUUUUGAGUUGACCUCUAUUUUCGAGGAUCCUCCUGAAAACCACCGUUAGGUGAUUGGAUGCCUCCUGGUAAAGUAUUUAACAAUUAAUAAAUGAGGCUGAGUAUCUUAUGAACAAUUAUGGAGAUCGGGAAGGGGGUUAUCCGCUGUUUUAUUAUUCAUUCAAAUAAUUCCUACUUUAAAAACAAAGCUAAAGCGUGCUAACAUCCAUCGAUGUUAAGUUGAUCUUGGAAAAAAUUAAACAUUCGAAAUUGUAAAUACUUAAUUUAUGAUAUAUAUAUAUAUAUAUAUAUAUAUAACCUAUCACAAGCAUCUUUUAGAAGACACUCCCUUCACAACUCAAUAAAUACACUACCACAAGUGAAGAGUAAAACAAUAUGUUUUUCGUCUCUCACCUAUAACACGGCCGAAAUAUAGGUGAGAGACGAAAAACAUAUUGUUUUACUCUUCACUUGUGGUAGUGUAUAUAUAUAUAUAUAUAUAUAUAUUGGAAGUAGGAAAAAAACUACACUUUCAUCCCGACAAGCCUGUUUCGUGAUCUCUCACUCUUCAGGGGAUUUUAAUGAUAAGAAUAUUCAUAACCAUCGACUAUAUACUUUGAGAUUACAUUGUUGGGGAAAAUUUAAAUAUAUAUAUAUAACUGAGGUGAGCCUACCUAACAAUGCAUGUUAUGUUUUAUUGAUAAUAGAAUCUAGUGUUCCUCCGCCCAUGUAUCCUUAGUCCAUGUAACUUUGGCGGGACUUGUACUGACGGCCCUGGAUUGGGUGAAUAUUCAUGCCAAUGCAAGCCAGAAAUCUCAGUUCUUCCAUUCAUCGACAACAGAUGCAAUGUUGGUAAGUUGCGGAGGAUCUUGAAAAACAUGUGUUGGUUUUAUUUUUAUUUUCUUCAAGGGCCUUAAAGCUUGUUGAACGAACUCAAAGGCUGCUGAGGAGAGCGGUUCAAAGUCCUUGUCAACUUUUGUCAACGAAACAGCAGCUUUCCCUUCAAAAGUAACGAUUACUUUCCAAGUUUGUGAUCGCGGAUUAACUUGCUCCACAAGCCAAAGACUGGCUUUUUAACGGCAACUAAAUAAACCAUUAUAUGAAGGCCCCAAGACAGCUGAGUGAAAUUGCACUAAAAACAAAGUAUUAAUCAUUUAGUGAUACAACUUUACUGGGCAUAGUCCAGUCCAGUGGACUUGUACCGGUCGAUCGAGCUCGGUACUCCCGCUACAAGUCUGGCUAGCACAACCAUGGCUAAAUCGGCUACGGUGGUCAUGCUUUAAAAAGACUAUUUUAUUAGCAAAGCUGGGGUUACGUCUUAAGGAAAUUUUCAAGGCCAACAAUUGUACAACGAAACUAGUCUGCUAAAUGCUCAGUCAGGAGUGCUCCUAUUCUGCAGCACAACACUGGCCAUGGCGAUAAGUAGUUGUAGUCGAAGUAUUGACCUGUUCACAACUGCCCUUAUAUUUGUACGAAUAUCUCAAAAACAGGCAGAGUUGUAUUCUUGCUGUUGUUUCGCUCUCUGCAUCAAACGUUUUUGUAGCAUUAUUCUUCCUUCUCGGCCUUUUACAUUUUUUGUAACAUUUGUUAUCACUGUUUAGAUACCAACAAAACAUCUGUCCUCAGCCCCACUAAAGGAGUAUUUUGGGGUGCAGUCACCAGAUACAACUUGAAUUAUUAUGAUGCCAGACGAUUUUGUGAACUUCUGGGAGCAACCAUCGCCACCUACCAUCAGCUUUAUGUUGCCUGGGAGGCUGGCCUUGAGCACUGCAAGUAUGUA